AUGACCAUCGAACCUGAAGUCCGGGAUGUCCGGGAGGUUCUCCAAAACGUCGAACCUCCCCAGGUGGACCCCAGUCGCUCCCACGAUCCCAGCAACAACAUGAAGCGAAGCGACCCCUUCCAAUUCGGAUCACGAUUCCUCGAAAAGGGCGACGACGUCUUCGAAUUCAAUGCCUGGGACCAUGUCGAGCCAGAUGACGAAUUCAAGGCCUUUGCCCAAACACAGUAUGCCAAACAGCGCGAAACACGAGUAUCGGACUUUGAUCGCAACCGAUUCAACAACGACCCGGCAAAGUGGUGGAACCUUUUCUAUAAGAACAACACAGCCAACUUUUUCAAGGAUCGCAAAUGGCUGCGUCAGGAGUUCCCUGUUCUUGCAGAGGUCACCCAGAAGGAUGCUGGUCCUCAGGUUGUGCUGGAGGUUGGUGCUGGUGCUGGAAAUACCGCGUUCCCUUUGAUUGCCAACAACGAGAAUGAGCAUCUCAAGGUUCAUGCGUGUGAUUUCUCGAAAUAUGCUGUCAAGGUCAUGCGCGAGAGCGAGCAUUACAAUGAGAAAUAUAUGGCCGCUGAUGUCUGGGACGUCGCUUCUGUGCCUACGGAAGAGGACAACGGCCUCCCGCCUGGUUUGACGGAGGGUUCAGUGGAUGUUGUCAUCCUGAUUUUCAUUUUCUCUGCCCUGGCACCUACCCAGUGGGACCAGGCUAUUCGCAACGUCUACCGUGUUCUCAAGCCCGGUGGCCGUGUCCUUUUCCGCGACUACGGCCGUGGUGACCUGGCCCAAGUGCGUUUCAAGAAGGGCCGUUACAUGGAAGAGAACUUCUAUGUUCGCGGUGAUGGUACUCGUGUCUACUUCUUCGACCAGGACCAGCUUGUUGAUAUGUGGGGUACCUGGUCCGCGGAGAAGGGCUUGCAGAUUCCCAUUUCUGCGAAGGCUUCCGCGGAGGGUGCUGAUGAGGAUGAAAGUGAGAGGCCAGAGCCUGCUGAGCAGUCAGAAGAGACCAAGGAGGCUGCGAAGAAGAAUGGGGCUUUCGAGGUGAAGCUCUUGGGAGCUGAUCGCCGACUGAUUGUCAACCGUCAGAGCAAAUUAAAGAUGUACCGCUGCUGGAUGCAGGGUCACUUCAUUAAGCGUGAUGGCUCUGCUGAGGCUACUGAGGCUACCCAAUAA